UACUCGUUACCAAGUAAGGUUUUAUGCUAAUAGUUACAUUGAGUAAUUACCAAUAGUGUCCACUGCCUUUAAUAGGUGCUUGCAUGAGAGUUCCUUCCGAACAGAGCUCAGUACAUAAUCUUACCACAUGAUAUAUAAACACAAAAUUUGCAUCUCUUUAAAAAAUUGCAUCAGUUAAUUUUGAAAAUGAAAAAAAAAAAAAAAAAUGCAACUUGCAAUAAUUUGUUUUCAUUUUUAACAUCCUAUGUUUUCAAUACCUUUAAAGGACAAACCUAUCCUUGUUUAACCAUCUGACGAAGAGAUAAAGACCAACAAAAAAGCAUAAUGCACCGCACACGAGGGAAAAAAUAUAUAUAUUACAAUAACUGUACAGUUAUAGUUGGCAGUACAAAACUUCAAUAGUAAGUCUUUACAUGUUAACAUGAUCACAUUUAAAUAUGUACAUCAGAGCUUAAUAGCUGUACGGGGAGAAAAAAAAAAAGGCCUUCGUCUUUUCGUUUAAUACUCGUUUUCUCCAAUUUUGUUUUUAUCAAUGUUCUUCGUUUAUCUUAAACUGUAACUGCUGUUUCCUGCAAAUUGACUACUUAAGUUAAGAGUACAGUAGAGAGUACAUAAAACAGCUGUAGAAUCUUUGUAAGAAGGUGUAAUGUAACUUUUUCUUCUGUGCGACGAGUCAUACAACAGAGGGCAGCCUUUAUGGUAGAGUACAGGCGUGUGGACAGUUGGUCGGCAAAACGGGUCAAACUCGAAAAUACACCCGUGUCCAUUUGCAAUGGCGGUCAACAACCUGGGCGCUCCCCAAACCUUAUCUCUAGGUCUAGAUCCAGGUUGGGCUUCAUCAGCCAUUUAUAACUGUCAAACACAGAACUUCAAAAUGCUAGAAGCCCAAGACAGGGUAAGCCCCUAGACUCGACUAUUUAUCGUUGGGUGAUUCAUCUUGUUCAUCCUGACCACAGCACCCAUCUUAAAAAGUGUCCCCUUCUCUGAUAAACUCAGCAGGUCACCACUUGACCGAGUUUAUGAAAUUCUUUUCCACUCUACAAACAUGACCUCUCAUUUGUUCAAUCACCGUCAGGCAAGUAUACCAGUUCUGUCGAUCUGUUGGUGCAACACCACCAUGUCAUCUGGACUUGUCCGAGUGAAGGCGCGGAGAUCAUGUCCACAGACUCGUCGGAGAAUUCACAUGAUGCCCAUGUGACCCCCAUCCCCAUUAGUUGUUGCAACCCACAGUGCAUCCCUUUCCGUCAAUGCAUCAAACACUAAAAUGGCUCCCCAAAAAAGUUUCAGCAGCGUUGCUGAAAGUACACUUCAGUAUAGUCCACCGAGCAGCGAAACCCUCCGCAUAGGCGUUGCUGAAAGUACACUUCAGUAUAGUCCACCAAGCAGCGAAACCCUCCGCAUAGGCGUUGCUGAAAGUACACUUCAGUAUAGUCCACCGAGCAGCGAAACCCUCCGCAUAGGCGUUGCUGAAAGUACACUUCAGUAUAGUCCACCAAGCAGCGAAACCCUCCGCAUAGGCGUUGCUGAAAGUACACUUCAGUAUAGUCCACCGAGCAGCGAAACCCUCCGCAUAGGCGUUGCUGAAAGUACACUUCAGUAUAGUCCACCGAGCAGCGAAACCCUCCGCAUAGGCGUUGCUGAAAGUACACUUCAGUAUAGUCCACCGAGCAGCGAAACCCUCCGCAUAGGCGUUGCUGAAAGUACACUUCAGUAUAGUCCACCGAGCAGCGAAACCCUCCGCAUAGGCGUUGCUGAAAGUACACUUCAGUAUAGUCCACCGAGCAGCGAAACCCUCCGCAUAGGCGACAUUCCGCUAAUGCUGCACUUGCACAAAGUCUCCUCCGUGUUCUUGGUUUAGUUUAGACCCAGAAGUUCUUAGACUUGAUUCAAUACAAGAACUUAUUUGGGGGGGUCAUUGACGGUCCAAGAUAUACUUCUCAUUCCAUGGUAAGUGUUACUUCUGGACAAGAUGAAAAUGAAAACACCUGUACUUCACAGUUUUUUUUUCUUUUACUUUUGUUA